AUGGAUUCUAUCAAGCCUGAUAAAGAAACUCAUGAUCUUGGUGAUGCGCCGCAGUCAAUUGUUGCGCAACCUCUCUGGACAGAUGACGAAGAGAAGGCAGUCGUCAGAAAACUCGACAUGAUUCUCAUGCCGCUCCUCGUCCUCGGCUUCUACGCCCUCCAGCUCGACCGCAGCAACAUCAGCAACGCCCUAACCGACACGCUCACAGCCGAUCUCAACAUCACCAAAAACGACGUCAACCUCGGCGACCAGCUCAUGAUGGCUGGCAUAAUCAUCGCCGAGAUUCCCUCCAACAUCAUCCUCCAGAAGCUGGGCGCACCGAUCUGGUUUACAGCCCAGGUACUCAUCUGGGGCACCAUUGCUCUGACGCAAGCUUGGGUUACGAAUGUGCAUUCGUUCUUUGCGACGCGUUUUCUGCUGGGGUUCUGUGAGGCUGGGUUCAUCCCGGGUGGGCAGUAUAUGCUUGCUCUGUUCUAUAGGGAGAAGGAGUUGGCGCUGAGGACGUCGAUUUUCUAUUUCGGGAAUUAUUUUGCUACAGCUACGGGAUCUUUGAUCGCUGCGGGUGUUUUGCAGAUGGGCGGUAUAGCUGGUCUGGCUGGUUGGCAGGGGCUUUUCAUCAUCGAGGGUGUUUUUACCCUAAUUGUCUUCUUCGUCUUCAUCCUUCUUCUCCCUCGAUUUCCAAUUCAUACCAAACCCAUUCACGGCUGGUUCGACCUCUUCACCUCUCGUGAGCGCGAAAUCAUGCACGACAGAAUUUAUCAAGAAGACAUCUCCAAGACGGAAGCCCACGCAAAGAUCACUGUCCGAGGCGUUAUUGCCGCCCUCACCGACUACCGUAUCUGGAUGCACACCCUUCUCAACCUCGUAGGUCUCGCCCCCAAGGGCGGUCUUCAACUCUACGGCCCAACCAUCAUCCGAAGCCUGGGGUUCAGCAAGAUCAACUCCAACCUCUUAAACUCGGUCAGCAGCUUCCUCGUCGUGUUCCUCAGAUUCGCCAUCGCCUGGGCCUCCGACAAAACGAAACAGCGAGGUCUGUGGUGCAUGGCCGCGUUUCUCUGGAGUAUUACAUUCGGCGGUGCUUUGUUUGGAUCAACAGAUAAGGAUAAGUGGACCAAAUAUGCGCUCUUCACCCUCUUGAGUAGUGGCAAUGCGCUGUCUCAGGGACUAAAUGAUGCCUGGUUGAGUAUCAAUGCUCGAUCUGCCGAGACGCGCAGUAUUGGAUUGGCGAUGGUCGUCAUUGGGAGCAAUGCUGGUGGGCUGGCUGGAAAGCAGCUGUUUCGCGAGAGCGAUGCGCCAAAGUAUACAAAGGGAUUUCUGGCUAUUGUCUUAUUGUAUGCUGCUGCUUUGCCUAUCACUGCUAUGAUUAUGGGAGUUUAUUGGAGGCAGAAUAAGAACCUGGAAAGGGAGCUUGUUGAGGAUGACGGUGAUGUUGAUGAGCGAACAGCAAGAAGCCAGCGCUUUCAGCUGUAG